AUGGCAUUUCGAGGUGAGAGGUUUCAUAUCGACCUCUCAGAUGACGAGGACACGCCAGGCCGGGCAACAGCUCCAACAGCUUCUCUUCCAUCUCUCAGCAGCUUUGUUAGCGAUAUACAAGAACGUACACCCUCCGCACCUACUCCUCCCUCUGCCCCGACACCCAAGUCAACCCUUACCUCGACCGGAUUCCCGGCACAUCGCAAACGCAACAAGGUAUCUGCCUUCAAAAGGCAGCGUGAAGGUGCAGGCGCGGGCGCUGAAAAUGACAAGCCCACAGUGAAGGAAAAUACGGAAGCGGAUGAGAAGAGGGCUAUUGAUGAAGAAAACAGGCGGAGGAUUGAGGCUAUGUCAGAGGCCGAAAUCAAUGCCGAACGGGCAGAGCUUACGGCUUCCUUGCCUGCAUCACUGAUCGAAAGACUGCUGAGAAGGGCGAACAUCGAAGAAGAUCGCCAGGAAACACAAGGCGAGAAACGAGAGACACAUAAACAACUAGAACCGAGCUCGUCUGAUACGCCAGAUGAAAAACCGAAGAAGUCAGUUUCGUUCGACAUGCCAACUUCUCACCAGGCUACGGUAGAAGAGGUUAAAGACGACGAACGGGAACAGACAUUUACCCAUCCAGAUGACCUCCCACCAUCAAAUCCACCUCCUGGUCUCCAUCCAGCCUCCCAACCGCCGCCGCCAAUCCAUUUUCCUCGUCCCCCGCCUCGAUCUCAGCCGAUGCCAAAUCUCGAUCCAUCGUCACCUUCGUUCCUUUCAGAUCUCCAAACACACUACUUUCCUGACACCCCUCACUCUGCCUCUAGCUUAUCAUGGCUACGAUCCUCUGACUCCGAUUCUGACCCGUCAUCUGCCUACCACCCUUCCAGCACCGCUACUUCUAUUGCCCCAGCAGCACUCCGCUUUUCACUCAAAGGAGCCAUGCUCGCACCCCGAACUUCACUAUCCAUCCCACCAUCCAAGGGCCUCCAUCACCAUGCUGCUGACCCAGAGGCGGCAGGAUAUACGAUUCCAGAACUCGCAAUCCUCUCACGUUCCACAGUACCUGCUCAGCGGUGUCUAGCCUGGCAAGUAUUGGGCCGUGUGCUCUACCGCCUUGGCAAAGGAGAGUUCGGUGAACAGGAUACCCCGUUGGUUAAUGGGCUAUGGAGUGUGGUUGAACGAGAGGCUGUUGUGGCUGGUAUGCUCUCUGAGGCUGGCGCGGAUGCCGAUAUCGAUGUCGAUGGCAAGAAAGAAACCUCCGAUGGCAAACUUUCUACAGUUCAGGCAAAACCUGGAGGUAUUGGACGACAUGCCAGUGCUAGAGCAUGGGCUACAGAGGCAGUCUGGCUCUGGCGGCGAGGAGGAGAUGGGAAGAGAGGCCUUAGGCGGGAGUCAGAAGCCAUUUAA